GCUGAAAUUCACAGGCACAGAAUUGCAAGCAAACAAUGGAUGUUUUCAAGCUGAUGCUAAUCACAGCCUAUGAUUUUCCAUUUCUUACUCAGCCUGCUUUUGUGAGCAUAGUCUCAGCCUUCUUUCAGCAGUCAGCGUGCUGUGUGUGGGGGGAAGAGAGAGGCAGACAAAGCACCAAGAGCUUCCUGUGCCGAGAAAGCUGUGAUCCUGAGGUACGGUGCUACUGGGUGCUGAUAAGAACGUUUGUAGAACUACUGUAGCUACUUUGUGCCUUUGAGCGAUACCUGGCUGAAGACUUCCAUUCAUUCCAACGCGCAAAAACAGAGCUGGUACAUUCCUGUCAAAAAGUUAUCCAGGAACACGUUAGAUGAAGUAAGCACUGGGAAAAUGGAAAGACCACCUGAGGCUACCAGAAUGGAAAACAACACCUCAUCCUGCUUUCUCAUGGAAAGAAAGACUCGUGUCAAGAUUAACAGGAAAGCAAUCAUGGUAGCUAAGCUGAGAAAGAGCUGCUCCUGCACACCACAGAAGCUGAAGAACUUUCUUAUGGACUUCUUUCCUGUUUUGCGAUGGCUUCCCAAGUACCGAUGCAAAGAGUACAUUUGGGGAGAUAUUAUGUCUGGGUUAGUGAUUGGAAUCAUUUUGGUGCCUCAAGCAAUUGCAUACUCACUGCUGGCAGGUCUGAAGCCCAUUUAUAGCCUUUACACAUCUUUCUUUGCCAACAUCAUCUACUUCUUAAUGGGCACAUCCCGUCACGUCUCUGUUGGCAUUUUCAGCUUGAUAAGCUUAAUGGUGGGACAAGUUGUGGACCGAGAACUUCUCUUGGCUGGGUUUGACUUGAAUGAUGAUGCCCCACCAGCCUCAGGUGACGGCUCUCUGCAGAAUGAUAAUCUGUCCAACACAACUGCCUUCAACCUUACCAUUGCGGGGAUAAACGCCGAGUGUGGGAAAGAGUGCUACGCUAUUGGCAUUGCUACAGCCUUGACAUUCAUGGCUGGAGUGUAUCAGGUUCUAAUGGGGAUCUUCCGUCUAGGUUUCGUAUCUAUGUACCUAUCUGAAUCCGUACUAGAUGGCUUUGCAACUGGUGCUUCCUUAACCAUUUUAACAGCUCAAGUGAAGUAUCUUAUUGGAAUAAAAAUUCCACGCAGCCAAGGGCACGGGAUGCUGGUUAUUACCUGGAUUAACAUUUUCCGGAACAUUUCUCAGGCCAACAUUUGUGAUGUCAUCACAAGUGCCAUUUGUAUUGUGGUGCUGGUCACUGCUAAGGAAAUUGGAGAUCGGUAUAAGCAUAAACUGAAAUUUCCUCUUCCCACGGAGCUGGUAGUUAUUGUUGUGGCAACACUGGUGUCACACUAUGGUAAGUUAAAUGAAGUGUAUGCAUCCAGUGUUUCUGGAGCUAUUCCAACAGGAUUUAUCCCUCCAAAGGUACCAGAGUUCAACUUAAUGCUCAGAGUUGCUCUAGAUGCUUUGCCUCUUGCCAUAGUCAGCUUUGUCUUCACUGUAUCCCUUUCCGAAAUGUUUGCAAAGAAAUAUGCUUACACCAUCCGAGCCAAUCAGGAAAUGUUCGCUGUGGGGUUCUGCAACAUCAUUCCUUCCUUCUUCCACUCUUUUGCAACCAGUGCAGCUUUGGCAAAAACACUUGUCAAAACAUCUACAGGCUGCCAAACCCAAAUCUCUGGAGUAAUUAGUGCAAUGGUGGUUUUGCUGGUGCUGCUCUUCCUGGCACCUCUCUUCUACUCCUUGCAGAAGUGUGUCCUGGCUUGUAUUAUCAUUGUGAGCCUUCGGGGAGCCCUGAGGAAGUUCCGAGAUGUGCCAGCAAGAUACUGUGUGAAUAAGGUGGACACACUUGUUUGGGUAGUUACCAUGUCUGCCUCUGCCUUGGUCAGCACAGAAAUAGGGCUGUUGGUUGGCAUUGUUUUCUCCAUGUUAUGCAUCAUUGUUCGGACCCAGCGGCCACAGACAGCCCUGCUUGGUCAGAUUCAAGACACAAGCUUUUAUGAGGAUGACUUAGAAUAUGAAAAUCUCUCUCCUGUUCCAAAGGUCAAAAUAUUUCGCUUUGAGGCCCCACUUUACUAUGCAAAUAGAAACUACUUCCUAAAAUCUCUGUACAGAUUGACCAAUUUAGAUCCUAACCUAGAAGCUGCUCGAAGAAAGAAAUAUGAGAAGAAGGAAAAGCAGCAUCUGAAAAAGGGAAAUCACAAAACUGCUAAUGGACUGGGCAUUGGAGAAACCACUUUGCAACUAGUUCCUAAGCAAAUUGAUUUCCAAGCCCUCGUUGUCGAUUGCUCUUCCAUCUCAUUUUUGGACACCACUGGAGUUAAUACUUUGAAGGAAAUCCUGAAAGACUACAAGAAUUUAAACAUUUCUGUUCUUCUGGCUUGCUGCAAUCCCUCAGUGAUAGACUCUCUGAAAAGAGGGGGUUACUUCGGAAAGGAUUUUGGAUGCAUGCAGGAAAUGCUGUUCUACAGUAUACAUAAUGCUGUACUGUUUGCAAAAGACCAAAAGCUUCCAGCAGACUGCCCAGUUUAACCCUGUGUCCUCCUUGAUGAUUCGCCACAAAGUGACAGACAGAGAGGGGUAGUUUGCAACUAUCAGACACACAGUUGGCUGCGUAAAGCCAUUCCCCCCAAAGAGUUCCACUUUAUGUCAUAUGCUACAAAGGGCAGCCACUGGGGACGCAGUCCAGGACAAGCAUGGAAAGGUUAGACCACCACCUUCACUUUAAAAUCCAGGCAAUGGCUGUUUG